GACCAAGGUCAUUUUUGUCUUUUUUUCCUAAAAUCAAGAAAUAUUUAUUGAAAUUCUUAAUAUUUCUGUAAAGCUGAAAAACAAAUUCAAAUUAUUUAGGAAAAAAAGGAAGUUAAAAAUGUGAGUUACACAACCGUAAUUAAAUUACAAGACAAACAUCCAUCCAAAUUCAAAUUCAAAUUCCAAAUUUACAAUCAAGAGUUACUAGUAGUAAAUACUAAAUAGUUAUUACUAGUUUGACCAAAAAAAGAAAAAUACUGCAAAUGUUGCCAAAAUAAUGGACUUCAUACCAAAUAAUAAUUAAAAAGUUGUUUUAUUUUAUUUUAUUUCAACACGGAAAACCCAUCGAUAACCGAAACAUGAAAAUAUGACCAAAACACCCCUUGGACCAAAUCUCCCCUAUAAUUGCACUGUGCUUUCUUCGUGUGUGAAUCCAUCUAUGCUUCACUUACCCCAUUCCAAAAGACACGCAAAACACACACUUUUUGUGUGUGUCUAUAUCUCUGUGUGUGUGUAUAUGUGUGUGAGAGAGAGAGAGAGGAGGUCAAAGUUAUAAUAAUACAUAGUUUAUAAAAUGGACAACAACUUCAAGCAAGUAACCAAAAUAAAUAAAUAAUGAAAAUCCAUUCACAUAAUCCCAUAUAUAAUCCCCAACCUUUUCCAAGUAAAAUCUCUAAUACAUACAUACACAUACAUACAAAUAUACAUAUAUAUGUAUAUAUAGAUUGAGAGAUUUGAGAAGCAGGAAAAAAAAUAUAAUAGUUAGUUAAUGAUGAGUGAUAAUAUAGGGAUUGUGCAAAGGGCAAUUUCGAGCCUAGGCAAAGGCUUCGAUUUAACCUCCGAUUUCCGACUCACAUACUGCAAGGGAGAACACCGGCUCAUCGUACUAAACGAAACCCAGACCCGACGACUGUCGGUGCCGGGUUUCAAGAGUUCGGUACCGGGAAAAAUACCGAGCGGGUUGUUCAACUCGAUGUUCGGGUUGCAAAGCGGGUCGUGGGGGGUGGAUGCCGGAAAUACAAAGUAUUUGGGGCUGGAUGGAUAUUAUAUUAUUUUGUUUAACGUUCAUCUUCAUCGCUACCCCUUGAUUCUUGCUGAUCAAGUCAGGGACGCCGUUCCUUCCACGUGGGAUCCUUCUGCUCUUGCUAGAUUUAUAGAAAAAUAUGGAACUCACAUAAUUGUGGGGCUGAGCAUAGGUGGACAAGAUGUGGUGUUAGUGAAGCAAGACAAAUCUUCAGACAUGGAACCUUCACACCUCAAGAACCAUCUGGAUAACCUUGGCGAUCAGUUAUUUAACGGCACCUGCACUUUUUCUCCACGCCCAUUCAAAACUAAACAAAAGGCACCGCAAGCCUUCAACGUGUUUGAUCCUCAGACAAAUGUACUCAGCAACUACCCUUCCAUUACUGCAAAAGAUGGUAUUAGUGUAAUAUGUUCAAAGAGAGGUGGAGAUUCAUCAGUGAGUACACAUUGUGAAUGGCUGCCAACAGUUCCAUUAAGACCAGAUGCUAUACAUUUCAACUUCAUUCCAAUUACUUCACUACUCAGGGGUAUUCCUGGCAAAGGAUUUUUAUCACAUGCCAUCAAUCUCUACCUCAGAUACAAACCUCCAAUUGCUGAUUUACAGUACUUUCUGGAUUUUCAAGCCCACAAGAUGUGGGCCCCAAUUCACAAUGACCUCCCAUUGGGGCCCACCAGAAAUAAGGCCCUUUAUACACCAGCAUUGCAUUUCAAUCUCAUGGCCUCUAAACUAUAUGUAAAUACUACUCAGGUUACGUCGGGAAACACUCCGGUGACCGGAAUGCGGUUGUAUCUCGAGGGCAUGAAAUGCAAUAGAUUAGGCAUACACCUCCAGCAUUUCAUAAACCCACCGGUUCUCCUCGAAGACAAGCUAAAACAAGACCCCGGCCAGCCACCGAUGUGGCGGGGAUCGGAAGACACCCCCGACAACCACCGCUACUUCGAACCCAUCCAAUGGAAACAAUACUCCCACGUAUGCACCGCCCCCGUAAAAUACGACCCCAACUGGGCCCCGCCCAAUCCAGAGCCGGGCCCCGCCUUCAUAGUCACCGGAGCCCAACUCCACGUCGUCAAAAACCCCGAUUCCAAGAAAAACGUGCUCCAUCUCAGGCUAUCGUAUUCAAGGGUCUCGAACACCUACAUUGUGCAGUCUAAUUGGAUGCAGUGUGCCUCCGAAACCCAUUCGAUGAAGUCGGGGUUUUUCUCUUCGAUCACCACGUCACUUGCCGGAGGGUAUUAUGGGGAAAAGGAAAAAGUUGUGGGGCCCGUGAUUAUGGAUUCCGGGAUUUAUCCAAGGGGCCCGCCAGUGCGGUCCCAGGGGAUGAAGAUGUUGAAGUUUGUGGAAACGGCGGAGUUGUGUCGGGGCCCGUCGGAUAGUCCGGGGCAUUGGGUGGUGACCGGAGCUAAAUUGGAUAUCGAGAAGGGGAAGAUAUGCCUUCGGGUGAAGUUUUCGUUGUUGAAUCUGUUAUCUUCUUAGAUUGGCGCUUUUUUUUUUAAUUAUCCAACUUAAAUUGAGUUGAUUUAUUAUUUUUUCAUGUGAUUGGUUCGAAGGAUAAAUAGAGUGAUAGGUCAGAAGAAAAUAAUACAGUUCCAGUCGUCAGGUAAAUAUUAUUUGGGUAAUGAGUUAAAUAUGAUGCAUAGAGAAAAUGUUUACAUGUAAAAAGGAAACGGAGAAAAUUAAAUAUUAUUGAUUCUUUAUUCUUAUUUAUUA